AUGAACACAAAAAUGCUUAUAACAUCGACAGAACUGAACUGCUCGAAUGAAAUCUUGUCAAUCACGGCUAUGUUGUCAGUACCACAGUGCUUUGUACGGCCGAAUGAAAUGAAAAAGGAAGCGGAUGAAGCGAAAGCCCGAUUUGCUCACGUUGAUGGAGAUCAUCUGACCCUGCUGAAUGUUUACCAUGCGUUUAAGCAGAAUAACGAAGAUGUACAGUGGUGUUAUGACAAUUUUAUCAAUUACCGUACUAUGAAGACAGCAGAUACUGUACGAACACAGCUCGGAAAGACUAUGGAUAGG